AUGAUGCUUGAACGGGAGGCCAAAGUGCUCGGCAAGGGUGGCGACACGAGCGAAGAGGAUGAGCGCGUUUUGAUCGAAGAAGUGCACGACGCCGUCUCCGAUCUCGUGGAGCUGAUCAAAACUUUCCAAAACAAGAGCAAACUCGCCCAGGUGUUGACAUCGUCCCUGUUCAAGCGGCGCCAGGACGAGCUGAACGCGGUUAUGGACAGGGCCAUCUGGGGCCUGCACUUGGGCCUGCAGGUGCAGGUGGGACACAACGUUGCGCAGGUGGGGCACGACGUUGGGCAGGUUCGACACGACGUGGCGCACCUUGUCGAGAGGUCCACGGCGGAGGCUCAGGCGGAAUCUCUGGCUGAAGCCCGCAGGUCGAGGCGGCAGCGAAAGCUUGAUCAGAUCGAAAUCCCCGAGGACCACGUGUCGAUCACAAACGAGAUGCUGGGAAAGGGGGGAUUUGGCGUGGUGUACCUGGCCGACUACAACGGCCACAACGCGGCGAAGGUACAGCACAUCACCCACGGUCUCGGGAAGCCGGGAGAGAGCGACAUACCACUGAGUGGGCCAAGGAUGGGCGAGUCUAACGCACUGCGGGAGAAGGCCGAGCGCAAGGCAUUCCUGCGCGAACUGGACGCCAUGAUUCGCCUGAGAAACCCUCAUACCGUCAACGUCUACGGGGCGAUCACCUCGCUGCCGGGCCGCCUGGUUCUGGUCAUGGAGCUGCUCGCGGGCGGUGACUUCGGGCCAUCAAGGCGACGGUGCAUGGCGACCUUAAGUCUGCCAACGUUCUUCUGGAUGGCCGCGGAAGGGCAAAGAUUGGGGACUUCGGCAAGUCGAGGUGGGCUCAGAACACCGAGAGAUCCACAGGCCUUGCCACCUCCACCACAAAUCCGGGACCAAGUGCCCACGUCAGCUUUGCAUGGACUGCCCCAGAGGUGCUGGAGUCCAGUAAAACCUCCAAGGCGAGCGACGUCUACAGCUUUGGGAUGGUGGUGUAG